AUGCGGUCUUCAUGCCCACCCAACUCGGAUGAAGCCCCUUGCCUACGUAGAUCUGGGGGUUAUAUAUAUAUGAUAGUUGAGCUCACAUCUUGGGCGAUCUGCUCGCUAGCACUCGCUGCUGGAGUGUUCGGCGCUGACAGACCUGAACUCUUCAAGAGUCUGCCCCGUUGUACCAGCUCAUGUCUUGAAAAGUAUGACAACUCGGAUUUCGAAGCCAUUGAUAUGUGCAACAACGGAAAUGUCAAGCAGGAGCUAGAUAACUGCUUCGCAGACAAAUGCCGCGAUUUCGAAAGAUUCGAUAUCGCAAAGAUCUAUGCCAGUGCCUGUGACAGCAAGCAAAAAGACAACCGGAAUAACCACUAUGUUUUGUUAGUUGCAGAGAUACCAGCAUGGAUCUCUCCUUGGCUUAGGCUGUAUUCAAGCUGGAUGACAUAUGAGAGUCAUUCUCUGGAUGACUACGUAAUGGUAGUUUGUGGAUUGUUGUUCACUGUCUUUGCAACUCUGAUUCACUUUGGUAAGUCGGAUCGCCGAAUGAAUAUGGACUCAUGCUUACCAAACUACUUAGCCCACUCUGUGACAGGAGAUACAAUCUUAUGGAAUGCGGUUCCGGAAUACAUUACAGACGGAUUAAAGCUUGUUUUCAUGGCCGACAUCUUCGAGCUUGCUUGCUCGUGUCUACUUAGAGUCGCGAUUCUUCUUGUAUGCCUGCGCUCAUCGUUUUCUGGCAGAUACAUAGUGGCCACAGCCGCGACCCUUGUACUCACCAUCCUCUCUUCGAUUGCUUUGGCCCUAUUGAGAGUGUUUCGAUGUUCACCCAUUGCAUUCGCCUGGGAAGGUUGGGAACCAAGUGGAAGAGAUGAGGAAACAGGAGGUUGCUUGGCUCAGGACUUACUUGCAUACGCGGCUUCCUCGAUCGACAUAUUCCUAAACCUGGUGCUCCUUGUUAUGCUCUCUCACCUGAUCUUCAGCCGAGUUGCAAGGAACACAACAUCUUGGCUACAAAGCGCCAUCGCAAUGGCGUUGGGAGCAUUCGGUCUGGCUGUGUCCUGUUUUCGACUGCACCUUUUGAUCAAUUUCUUCAAGAUGACGCAACCAGUUUGGAAAUAUCACGAACGAAUCGUUUGGAUGGACGUCGAAAUUUCGAUCUUGAUUAUAUGGGCAUGUCUGCCUAUAUGGCAGUCCUUUACAGAUCCAGUGCCUCCGAAGGACGUGGAAGAGACCAACCGCCUGCCGCAGAUAAUAGAAGAGACCAGCAUGCCGGAAACACCGUCAACCGAUACGAAGAUGCCGAGGCCGAGUUUAUGUCAGAGGGGGUUGUUCAGGAUCUUGUCAAGGGGACAUCCAAAGAAACUAGUCGAGUCGAACUUACACCUGGGAGACAAAACUUACGGAAACGUCAGGACAGAGAUCCAAGGAGGCCAGAGGUUUUCUAUGAUCUCCCAAUUGACGGGCAUGAUUGGUAUCCAGGUCCGAACGAGGACGAUCAGGCAUGUGCACGACAGCGGAUGGGACGCGGAGAAGGGAUCAGCAAGAGAGAAUGUAGAGGCUACUUAA